AUGAGCUGUCAAACUUUCCAUUUUAAAACACCAAAUUAUACAGACGCUUUAAAUGCAUAUAACUCUAACGUAGUUGCUGCUGCGGCGGCAAGUUCCAAAAAUGUUAGCAAAAUAACUGGCAAAUUGGCUAUUCAACAACAGAAAAAACAUAAAAAUAGAAACAACAAUAAUAAUUAUAGUGCUAAAAAUAAUAGAUACAGUUUUAAUAAAAGUUAUUCAAGUUUCAACAACAAUAAUAAUGUCCACAAACAUGACUUUUGUUUAAUAAAUAAUAAUAAUAAUAAAAUGGAUAAGGUAAAAUCUUUCCCGAAUAAUAAUGAUGGUAAUGGAUAUCUAGAUAGUGCAAACAAAUUCCAUAAUAAUAAUAAUAAUAAUAAUAAUAAUAAUAACACUAUGGGUAUUAGUAAUGCCAAUGAAAGUAAUUUAAUUCCUGUUGACAACAUUGCAAAUUUAAAAACAUUAUUAAAAACACGUUUUGAAGCAGUUACUAAUAGUUCUAUAAAAACAUUACAAAAUGAACCAGAUCUUAACAACCAUAAUAACAAUAAUAGAAGAACCCAAAAACCAAUUUUUUGGAAAACAUAUUAUCAAUUUACUGACAAUGAGAAUAACUUGUCAGCAUCUCCAUUUUUGCAAAAAUUAGAUGAUUUACAAGAAGUUUAUCAUAUAAAGCAGCCUAUUACUAUUGGUCAGCAUCCACUUUUCACUAUUAAAGACCUAUCUACAGCAUCGGACAUUAUGAAGGAAUAUAAAAAUUCUAUUCAUGAUACUUCUUCAUUGAGCACUUCACAAUCGACUUUUGAUGGUACUAACUUUUUAACCAUCAAUAAUGACAAUAUAAAUAGUACCAGUAAUACCGCCAGAAUUAACAAAAAUAAUAGGCUGCGCAGUAAAAAAAUUAGUGGUGCCACCAGUAAUCCUUUUUCAAACACUUUUAACGCCACGCCAGGUGUCAGCAAUGUGAACGAUGCUCUAAAUAAGACUAAUACAACGAAUAAUAACGAAACUUUUAUUACAGACACUAAUAUGUGGUUGAAAGAUAAUAUUAUACCACAAGUGACAUCUGUUAAAUUUAGAAACCUAAAAACAACAAGAAAUGACAAUAAUAUUUUAUUAGCCCAUGAUUCAUUGAUAGAAGACGAAAAUAAUCAUAAUAAUGAUAGUUUCACAGCAGAAGGCUUUAACGUUGCUGAUUUAUCCUUUGAUGGGAAAGCCUUAGAUAGAAGUGAUAUUUUCCGUAUGGUCGAUUCAUUUACUGUUGAGGAUUAUAGGUUUAAUAAUCUUAAUAAUAAUAGUUAUUCAACCAAUAUGGAUUAUGAAAACAUUUUAGGAAAUAUGCAAAAUUUGUUACCAAGAGAAAUUGCAACAUUACAUUAA